GAUCGUGACCUGAGCCAAAGGCAGACGCCCAACUGACUGAACCACCCAGACGUCCCUAUUGCAUGUACUGGCUGGGCUCCAGCUAUGGAGAAACUCCAAGGACAUGCAUCUUCCCACUUGGACAUUCUCUCCUUAGAGAACCGGUGCCUGGCCACACUCCCCAACCUGCAGCCCAUGAAGAAACCACAUGGGCAUGUGUCUGCCCACCCAGACAUCCUCUCUUUGGAGAACCAGUGCCUGGCCACACUUCCUGACCUGAAGACCAUGGAGAAACCACAUGGGCAUGUGUCUGCCCACCCAGACAUCCUCUCUUUAGAAAACCGGUGCCUGGCCACACUCCCUGUUCUAAAAAGUACUGUGUCUGCCAGCCCCUUGCUCCACUGUCUCCAGAGAGCUCCCCUGGUGCAAGCUGCUCUGCGUAGCCUACCCUCCGAGCCUCCAACCUGGAGGGCCCAGUGCCUCUCAGAGGGACUAGGCUGUCUGAGCUGCCCCACGGCCUUGAAGUCCGUCUCUGCCAAAGAGAGAGCUCCUGAAACAGCUCUGGGUCGUUGUUCCUCUUCAGAAGAGAAGAUGCCAGAAGAGAAGGAAAGGGUAGAGGUUCAAAUGCCUUUUUAUAAUCUAAGCUUGGGAGAGGAGGAGACGUUGGAGGAGCCUGUCCUGAAGCUCACUGCUGGGGACUCUGACUCUCAUCCUGGGCCCACUGACCAGGCCCUUAAGGACAAGAAGAUGGUUCUCAUAAGCUUGCUGUGCUCCACUCUGACGUCAAAGGGAAACAUAGAGGAUGCAGCUGACCCGACCUCGGGUACUCUCUUUGAAGUCUGUAGUGAACUUGCCCCCUUGGAGCCUGAAUUCAUCCUUAAGGCAUCUCUGUACGCCAGGCAGCAGCUGAACAUCCGGACUGUGGCCAACAAAGUGUUGGCCAUUGCUGCCUUUUUGCCGGUCUGCCGCCCCCACCUGCGACGCUAUUUCUGUGCCAUCGUCCAGCUGCCUUCUGAUUGGCUCCAGGUAGCUGAGUUCUACGAGAAACUGGCUGGAGGAGAGGAGGACAAGCUGGUGCCCCUGCCUGCCUGCCUGCGUGCUGCUAUGACCGACAAAUUUGCCCAGUUUGAUGAGUACCAGCUGGCUAAGUACAACCCUCGGAAGCACCGGGCCAAGAGACGCCCCCGCCCGCCUCCCCGCCCUCCAAAGACAGGGCGCCCAUUUUCUGAGACACAAAAAUAUUUGCCGAGGUACCUUAGGCCUCUUAAAGAUGAGCAGAAGAAGUUUGAGGAGACCUACAACGCGGUGCCGGAGCGAAAGCAGCAGCCGAGGUUCACUCUCAAGAAGUUAGUUCGGCGACUGCACAUCCGGGAGCCUGCUCAGCACGUCCAAGCCCUGCUGGGCUACAGAUAUCCUUCCAACCUACAAAUGUUUUCUCGAAGUCGCCUCCCCGGGGCGUGGGAUGCUAGCAGAGCUGGGAAGCGGAUGAAGCUCCCUCGGCCAGAGACCUGGGAGCGGGAGCUGAGCCUGCGGGGGAACAAAGCUUCUGUCUGGGAGGAACUCAUUGACAGCGGGAAGCUGCCCUUCAUGGCCAUGCUGCGGAAUCUGUGCAACCUGCUGCGGGCGGGGAUCAGCGCCCGCCAUCACGAGCUUGUGCUGCAGAGACUCCAGCAUGAGAAUUCGGUGAUCCACAGUCGGCAGUUCCCUUUCAGGUUCCUUAAUGCCCAUGAUUCCAUCCAUGACUUGGAGGCCCGACUCAAAAGUAAAGCAUUGCCACCCCCUUCCAAUACAAAACUGAUACGUUCAAUAAUGACUAGAAACGCAAAAAAGGACAGGAAUUGGACCUAUCGGAGGUAUCCUCACCCCCCAAGUCGUCGGCAACUUCGGACAACAAUGAUGAUGCCGGUGAUAUAUGAGCAGCUCAAGUGGGAAAAGCUGAAAAUACAAAAGGCCAGCAGACGGGGGAAAUAUGAUGGUGAGAUGAUGGCUCGGUAUCGGCAGGCGCUGGAGACAGCUGUGAACAUCUCCGCGAAGCACAACCUGCCCCCGCUGCCAGGCCGCACUGUCUUGGUCUAUCUGACGGACAUGGGGACAGACGAGCUCUGUCGGAAGAGCACCCUACAAGGGCGCCCCAUAAACUAUGUGCUGCUGCUGAUCGGGAUGAUGAUUGCACGGGCCGAGCAGGUGGAUCUCUUACUGUGUGGACGAGGCACUAUGAAGACUGCUGUGUUUAAGGCAGAAGAAGGUAUCCUGAAGACGGCCGGCACACUCCUGGCCCAAGUCCAGCAAGGAACAGGAGACUCUUUCCUCCAGGAUUUGGACGAAGAAGGUGAAUGGUCCGUGAACACUUUUGGGAAGUAUCUGUUGUCUCUGGCUGCCCAAAGAGUCCCUGUGGACAGGGUCAUCCUCUUUGGCAACACUAUGUAUAACAGACUGGUAAAUGAGGCCAAACAGCUUUUCUGGCAGCAUGUGAAUUCCAAGUGCCUCUUUGUUGCUCUCCCCCUAGGAAGGACAUGUGACACAUUACCAGAUUCGAAUCCCAAUAACGUGACACUCUCAGGCUACACUGACGGGAUACUGAAGUUCAUUGCAGAGCGUGGGGCCUCCCGUCUUCUAGAACAUGUGGGCCAAAUGGACAAAAUAUUCAAGGUUCCACCACCCCCAGGAAAGACAGGGGACCUGUCUCUCAGGCCACUGGAAGAGAACACUCUAAGCCCCUUGGCUCCGAUUUCCCAGCCUCGAUGGCGCAGCGUCCGGCUUUUCAUUUCGUCCACUUUCCGGGACAUGCACGGGGAGCGGGACCUGCUGCUGAGGUCCGUGCUGCCGGCACUGCAGGCCCGAGCGGCCCCCCACUGCAUCAGCCUUCAUGCCAUCGACCUGCGCUGGGGUGUCACUGAGGAGGAGACCCGCAGGAACAGACAACUGGAAGUGUGCCUGGGGGAGGUGGAGAAUGCGCAGCUAUUUGUGGGGAUUCUGGGCUCCCGCUAUGGACACGUUCCCCCCAACUACAACCUCCCUGAUCAUCCUCACUUCCGCUGGGCCCAGCAGUACCCUGCAGGCCGCUCUGUGACAGAGAUGGAGGUGAUGCAGUUCCUGGACCGGCGCCUGCGCCUGCGCCUGCAGCCCUCUGCCCAAGCUCUCCUCUACUUCCGGGAUUCCGGCUUCCUCCGCUCUGUGCCGGAUGCAUGGAAAUCUGACUUGACUUCUGAGUCUGAAGAGGCUGCACGUCGGAUCUCAGAACUGAAGAGCUUCCUGAGCAGACAGCAAGGGGUUACCUGUCGCAGAUACUCCUGUGAGUGGGGGGGUGUGGCAGCUGGCCGGCCCUAUGCUGGGGGGCUGGAGGAGUUUGGGCAGUUGGUUCUGCAGGAUGUGUGGAAUAUGAUCCAGCAGCUUUACCUACAGCCUGGGGCCCAGCUAGAACAGCCAGCGUCCAUCGCAGAUGAUGACUUGGUCCAGGCCACCUUCCAGCAGCUGCAGAACCCACCGAGUCCUGCCCGACCGCACCUUCUUCGGGACACAGUGAAACAGCUAAUGCUGCGCCGAGAGAGGCUGAGCCUGGUGACUGGGCAGUCAGGACAGGGCAAGACCGCCUUCCUGGCGUCUCUUGUGUCAGCUCUGCGGGCUCCCGAUGGGGCCAAGGUGGCUCCCUUCAUCUUCUUCCACUUUUCAGGGGCCCGCCCAGACCAGGGUCUUGCCCUCACCCUGCUCAGACGCCUUUGUGCUUAUCUGCAUUGCCAACUGCGGAAGCCGAGUGCCCUCCCCACCACCUACCGGGGCCUGGUAUGGGAGAUCCAGCAGAGGCUGCUGCCCGAGUAUGCCCAGUCCCUGAGAAGCGGCCAAACCCUGGUUCUGAUCAUCGACGGGGCUGACAGGCUGGUGGAUCAGCACGGGCAGCCGGUCUCAGACUGGAUCCCAAAGACCCUUCCCCCGCGGGUGCACCUGGUACUGAGCGUGUCUACUGAUGCGGGCCUGGGGGACACCCUUGAGCAGAGCCAACGUGCCCAUGUGGUGGCCCUGGGGCCUCUGGAACCAUCUGCCCGGGCCCGGCUGGUGAGAGAAGAGCUGGCUCUGUACGGGAAGCGGCUGGAGGAGUCGCCUUUUAACAACCAGAUGCGCCUGCUGCUGGUGAAGCGGGGGUCCUCCCUGCCACUCUACCUGCGCUUGGUCACCGAUCACCUGAGGCUGUACACGCUCUAUGAGCAGGUGUCUGAGAGACUCCGUACCCUGCCCGCCACGGUCCCCCUGCUGCUGCAGCACAUCCUGGGCACCCUGGAGAAAGAGCAUGGCCCCGAUGUCCUUCCCCAAGCCUUGGCCACCCUUGAGGCCACACGUAGUGGUCUGACUGUGGACCAGCUGCAUGCAGUGCUGAGUGCGUGGCGGAUACUUCCCAGGGGGGCCAAGAGUUGGGAAGAAGCAGUGGCUGCUGGCAGCAGUGGGGAGCCCUACCCCAUGGGCCCAUUCGCCUACCUCGUCCAGAGUCUGCGCAGUCUGCUGGGGGAGGGCCCCCUGGAGCGUGCUGGUGCCCGGCUCUGCCUCCCUGCCGGGCCCCUGAGGACAGCAGCUCAAUGUCGAUAUGGGAAGAGGCUGGGGCUGGAGAAGACAGCACACAUCCUCAUCGCAGCUCAGCUCUGGAAGACUUGUGACCCUGAGGCCUCAGGCACCUUCCAAAAUUGCCUUCCUGAGGCUCUGGCAGAUCUGCCUUACCACCUGCUCCAGAGCGGGAACCGUGGCCUUCUUGCAAAGUUCCUCACCAAUAUCCAUGUGGUGGCUGCACACCUGGAACUGGGUCUGGUCUCUCGGCUCCUGGAGGCCCAUGCCCUCUACGAUGAGAUAACUUCCUCAGUCCCUAAAGAUGAACAAAGUCUUCCUGAGGCUGACGUGGCUGUGUUUCACACAUUCCUGAGGCAGCAGGCUCCAGUCCUCAGCCAGUACCCCCUGCUGCUGCCCCAGCAGGCAGCUAACCAACCGCUGGACUCGCCUCUUUGCCGCCAGGCCCCACAGCUUUCCCGGCGAUGGCGCCUCCAGCACGUGCUACGAUGGCUUAAUAAACCCCACACCAUGGAGGGCCAGCAAAGCUCCAGCCUGUCUCUGGCAGUUUCCUCAUCCCCCACAGCAGUGGCUCUGUCCCCCAGUGGGCAAAGAGCUGCUGUGGGCACUGCCAGUGGGAUGGUUUACCUGUUGGACCUGAGAACCUGGCAGGAGAAGUCCUUGGUGAGCGGCUGCGAUGGGGUCUCCUCUUGCUCAUUCCUCUCGGACAAUGCCCUAUUUCUUACUGCCUUUGACGGGCUUCUGGAGCUCUGGGACCUGCAGCAAGGUUGUCGGGUGCUCCAGACCAGUGCUCACAAGUAUCAAAUCACCGGCUGCUGCCUAAGCCCGGACCGCCGGCUGCUGGCCACCGUGUGCCUAGGGGGAUGCCUAAAGCUAUGGGACACAGUUCGUGGGCAGCUGGCCUUCCAGCACGCGGGACCCAGGCCACUGAACUGCGUUGCUUUCCACCCAGAGGGGCAGAUGGUAGCGGUAGGCAGCUGGGCUGGCAGUUUCAGCCUCUUCCAUGUGGACGGGCUCAAAGCUGCCAAGGACCUGGGAGCCCCGGGAGCCUCUGUCCGUACUGUGGCGUUCAGUGUUCCUGGGCGGGUUGUGGCUGUGGGUCGGCUGGAUGGCAUGGUGGAACUGUGGUCCUGGCAUGAGGGGGCACAGCUGGCUGCCUUCCCUGCCCACCAUGGCAUUGUGGCCACUGCCCUUUUCCUGCGUGCUGGGCGCCAGUUACUGACGGCCGGAGAGGAUGGCAAGGUUCAGGUGUGGUCCGGAUCUCUGGGUAGGCCCCGGGGGUGCCUAGGUUCCCUUUCUCUCUCUCCUGCCCUCUCUGUGGCUCUCAGCCCAGAUGGUGAUCGGGUGGCCAUUGGGUACCGAGCAGAUGGCAUCAGGAUCUACAAAAUUGCUUCAGGUUCCCAGGGGGCUCAGUGUCAAGCCCUAGAUGUGGCAGUGUCUGCACUGGUCUGGCUAAGUCCCAAGGUGUUGGUGAGCGGUGCUGAAGACGGGUCCCUGCAAGGCUGGGCUCUCAAGGAGAGUUCCCUUCAGUCCCUCUGGCUCUUAUCCAGAUACCAGAAGCCCGUGUUGGGACUGGCCACCUCCAGUGAACUCUUGGCUUCUGCCUCAGAAGAUUUCACAGUGCGGCUCUGGCCAAGGCAGCCACUGACCCUGGCACAGACAGCAGAAGACUUUCCCUGUGGCACUGAGCUCCGGGAACAUGAGGGUCCCGUGAGCUGCUGUCGCUUCAGCUCUGAUGGAGGCAGGCUGGCCACCGGGGGCAGGGACCGGAAUCUCUUCUGCUGGGAUGUGCGGAUGCCCAAAGCCCCUGUUCUGAUUUGCUCCUUCUCUGCCUGUCACCGUGACUGGGUCACUGGCUGUGACUGGACCAAAGACAACCUACUGGUCUCCUGCUCCACCGAUGGCUCUGUGGGGCUGUGGGACCCAGAACGGCAACAGCAGCUUGGCCAGUUCCUCGGUCAUCAGAGUGCCGUGAGCGCCGUAGUGGCCGUGGAGGAACAUGUGGUGUCUGUGGGCCGAGAUGGGACCUUGAAAGUGUGGGACCACCAGGGCGUGGAGCUGACGAGCAUCCCUGCUCACUCGGGACCUAUCAGCCACUGUGCAGCUGCCCUGGAGCCCCGGGCAGCUGGACAGCCUGGGUCAGAGCUUCUAGUGGUGACUGUUGGACUGGAUGGGGCCACACGGUUGUGGCAGCCACUCUUGGUGUUUCAAACACACACCUUCCUGGGACACAGUGGCCCAGUCAGUGCGGCUGCAGUUUCAGAGACCUCAGGCCUCCUGCUGACCACCUCAGAGGAUGGCUCUGUGCGGCUCUGGCAGGUACCUGAGGAAGCAGAUGACGCAUAUAUGCCCAGGAGUCCUGCAGCCAUCACUGCUGUGGCCUGGGCCCCAGAUGGUUCUAUGGCAGCGUCUGGGAAUCGAACUGGGGAACUAACCUUGUGGCACAAAGCUAAGGCUGUGGCCACAGCACAGGCUGCAGGCCACAUCAGUGCUCUGCUAUGGUACGCGGCACGCACCUUGAUUGUUCUCAGCAACAAUGAAAAGGUCAGCGAGUGGCAAGUGGAACUGCAGGAGGGUUCGACACCCAGAAAUUUCAGUCUUCACCUGACCCGAGUUCUGCAGGAGGACUUAGGGUUCCUGACAGGUGUGGCCCUGGCUCCAGAUGGUCACUCCCUCAUCUUGGCCGACGCGGGUUUGCAGUUACAGCACGUGAAGCCAGGGGAGGCUCCUUCUGUAAUCUGGAGCAGCAACUAUUCGGAAUGUGCUAUGUUGUUGUCCACCCACCAAGACUAUGGUGUGUUUGUCCUGCAGCCAAUGGAACCUGGAGGCCUUUUUUCCUUGAGGCAAAAGGAGGCAGGAGAGUUUGAAGAGAGCCUUGAGUUUAAGCCGGACUUGGAGAAUCCUACUGGGACCUUCGUGUUGGUAACCCAGGCCAAACCGGAAUCUGAGUCCUCAUUUUUGUGCGCCAGCUCUGAUGGGAUGCUAUGGAAACUUGCCAAGCGUACCCCUGAAGGAGAAUGGGAGACAGGUGACAUCUGGCAGAAAAGAGAAAUGCCUGAAACCCCAACUCCAGAAACAGCCUCAUCUGUGAAUGACAGCAGCGCAUAUAGCUGGUCCCCACCCCCACAGCUGUCGACUCAGCAGCGUAGAAAGAUUCACUCGGGCUCUGUCACAGCCCUCCAUGUGCUGCCUGGGCUGCUGGUGACAGCUUCAAAGGACAGAGAUGUUAAGCUGUGGGAGAGACCCAGUAUGCAGCUGAAAAACAAAUGAUUCUAACAGUUAAAGGAAACUUGCUCCAGAGGAAGACUUUCUUCUCUAUUCUUCAAAUCCUUUUCACAUUCAUCAGUAACUCAUGCCAUACCAGAGCACAGUUUCUCAUGAAAAUAAAAACGGUUCUUCCUUGAUAACGGUAUAAUUUUCUAACUGAGAAAGAGAACGAGGUGCAGAAAGCUGAUGACAACCCCAGAAGUUAAAAAACACCCUGAUUAUUAACCCCAAACUCUACCGCUCCCAUCUCUCAGCCUUGCAGAGAAUUAAACACUAGCAGUAUUUUGGAGAGGACUCCUAAAAUGAAUACCACAGUGUUCCAGACAGGAAUCCCAGUAGCAAAAGAACAACUGCUCCCUGAGAAAUCGAUGGACAAAGGAGUCUCUCACCUUUCCCACCUUGGCUGUGCACUCAGGGUCCACAGGAGCUUUGCCCUUUAACAGCAAGGUCUUCACAGACUCUGAGGGAAGACAGAUAUGUACUACAGCUACUUGUACGGGAAUCAAAAACAGCUAUCACGUCAUAAUGAACUUUGCCCUUCCCAAGCAAUCCUGAUCUGUCCAGGUCUCAAUCUGUCUAAACUGCAUGAAACUGAAGAUUCUGAGAAAGGAGAUUUGUACUGUGGUAUGCCCAAAGGAUAGAAAAUCAAUUAUAUCUUCAAGAAAGAAAGAAGUAAGAGUUGAAAGAACAAGGCAUUCCUUGUCCUCACCCCUCCCCUAGACAAUCCUGCUAGCCCAUGUCCUCCCUGGCCUACC